CAAAUUAUAGCAUAAGUACUAUAUUUAUAUCAACAGCCAUUUUGUAUAGUUUAACAUAUUUAAAUAACAAAUUUUAAUUGUGACAUUUAGUCAUGCUGUUUUUACUUGGUCUUCAGUAUUUUACGUUGGUGUUUUCGUGCAUGGAGGCACUUCAAAUUUUUCCUACUUUUAAAGAUUAUAAUAGAGCUAAAACCGACUUGCUAAGUUUGAUCGAAUCUUAUAAAGUAAAUAGAGACUUACCGAUGAUUGCUGGCUGUGUACGUCUUGCUUUUCACGAUUGCAUUGGUAAAUACAAGUGUGAUGGGUGUAUAGAUCAUACACACAGAGGGAACGCUGGAUUAAAAAUAAUAACUGACCGUCUUAAUGCGUUAUACGACACUUCACACAAAGGUAAAAUAUCUAGAGCAGAUUUUUACGCUUUAGCCGCUGUUGUUGCUCUCACUAGGUCAACAUUCGAUGCUCCAGUAAAAUACUUAGGACUAAAAGACUUCAAAGUCGGAAGGAGAGAUUGUGAAACCUCCCCUAAUCAGGUUCAAAGUGUUGAUCCACCAGAAGGCAUUGAAGGAACCGAUAAAACAUUCAAAUUUUUUAAGGAUGAAUUUAGCUUUAGCGUUAGUGAAGCAGUAACCAUUUUAGGAGCACACACGCUUGGACAAUGCAAGUUGGAAAACUCUGGUUUUGUUGGAAGCUGGGUCGACGAAGAAUUUUCAACAGUUACUCAGGGACCAUUCACACUAGCUCCAACUAGCGUUCUUGACAAUGCUUACUACAGAGAAAUUAUAGAUGUUGUUGCGUGGAUCCAAGUAACCAUCAACGGUACACAAAAACAAUGGCAAGAACCAAGCAACCCAAUACCUAAUGACCAGUUGUCCGAGUCUAACAGGACAUCAUUGCUUUUAAACUCAGAUUUGGCUAAUUCUUGGAUUAUUGAACCAAUUGAUGAAAGUGGAUCUGUUUUAUGUUCUCCAGCUUCGCAAAGCAUACAGUGUAAGCAUUCAGCUGGUCACCAACAAGCGGUUCGAUUUGCACGUGAUAAUGCGUUGUGGGUAAAAGAGUUCACCAAAGUAUUUAACCGCAUGAUCGAAAUGAAUAGAUACUUCUUAAAGAAAGCUCCAGCAAAGUAAUAAAUUAUAUAACUUCAUGACUUUUUGAAAAAUGGUGAUAAUUUGAAAAAGUUGAAAUAUCUAAUAAACUUUUAUUGGCUUAUUUUUAUUUUUGUUAGUUUUUUAAAACGUAUUUUUAUUACAGAUUUUUUUACACUGAGAUUAGAUUUU